CGGAAACCAUUGCUUUCCCCUUCACACCAACUGCCACCCAUUCUCUACAACGUUGGACCCUGAGACUGCCAUCAUGUUCACCGCUCCACCGGGCUACCAGCCUAUCUACAACCCUGACAUCCCUUACACUGGGCCCAUCAAUGGCGGUCUGAGGGCAGGGAUGUCUCUGUACAUCCAGGGAGGCGUCCCUCAUGACAUCAACAGAUUUGAAAUAGACUUGCAGUGCGGCGACUAUGAGGGAUGUGACAUAGCGCUUCACUUCAACCCCCGAUUUGACGGCUGGGACAAGGUGGUCUUCAACACGUUUCAGAAUGGCGAGUGGGAGGAGCAGGAGAAGAUCCACGACAUGCCCUUCUCUAAAGGAGAGGCCUUUGAAAUGGUCAUCAUGGUAAACGAUGAAGGCUACCAGAUCACUGUUAACGGGAAUCAGUUCUACAUGUACAAACACCGCAUGCCAUUCGACAGAGUCCGCGCUCUUCGCAUAGCUGGUGAUGUUGGAAUUCAGACCAUCAACGUUAUUGGGGGUAUGCAAGGAGGAAUGGGAGGAGGUGGAUAUCCAGGCGGCAUGGGAGGAGGAAACAUGGGCCAGAUGGGAGGAGGAUAUCCUGGUGGCAUGGGAGGCGGAUACCCUGGAGGCGGCUCUGGCGGAUAUCCUGGUGGCGGCUCUGGUGGCUAUCCUGGUGGCGGCUCUAGUGGAAAUCCUGGAGAGGGGUCAGGUGGCUAUCCAGGAGCAGGCGGAGGUGGAAUUUACGCUGGAGGAAAUCUUCCGGUUAUGGGUUUGCAACCCAUCUUCAACCCGCCAAUUCCGUACUCUGAUAUGAUCCCCGGAGCCAUGUCACCUAAGAGGACUAUCAUCAUCAGAGGAAUGGUACCCUAUGGCGCAAACCAGUUUAGUAUCAAUUUUAUGGUGGGGUUUUCGCGGGACAUCGCCUUUCACAUGAAUCCCAGAGUUCGAGACGGGGACAUUGUUCGCAACUGCUGCAUUGCCGGCGACUGGGGAUCCGAGGAGCGAGAGUUCAAUUUCAACCCCUUUCAGGAGGGCCAAUACUUUGAGAUCUCCAUUCGCUGUGGCAACCAGAGGUUCAAGGUGUUUGUCAAUGGGCAGCAUUUGUUUAACUUCAACCAUCGCUUCCAGCCCUUUACACAAAUCGACAUGCUGGAGAUAGAGGGGGACGUGCAGCUGUCGUACAUACACUUCUAAGUGGAUUGGCCGCCUGUGUAUUUGCAAUCAGCUACAAGCUCACAUGAUGUACCAAGAUUAAAUGUUCUUCUUUUGGAUUGAAUUAAAACUACUGAAAUUCAAACCACUCAAAUCCAUGUAUUCAUACGUUCAUACGUAAGUGGAGAACUCUGUCUCUCAGUCAUAAUUGUAAGUGGAUCAUAUCCAAUAAACUUUGUUAGA